CAGCCAACAGGCUAAGAGCAAUUAAGUAGCACCAAGGCACAAGCUCUCGUGAGAUCUACUUAGUACUUUCCGUACGUCGUUUCAUCACUCAUAUGAACCUUUUACUUCUAUUUUACUCGUCUCAUCCGCGUUUACUAUUUUUCUCACUGUAAUUUAUUUUUUCGUUUUUCCGACUAUUGUUACGACCUCAGCACCACUUCUGCGUGACUGUCUUGUUCGAUGUAGUAUUUUUAGAUACUUGUUAUUUUUUUGGGAACUAUCUCUGUCUGGUCAGCAAAUUUUUCGGUACUAUUUGGACUUGGUUCAUCAAAGUGGCUGUCACAGUCUGUAUAAAUAGAGGACUUCAAUGAGAUCUCGGAUAUCGUAACAAAAUCUUAACACUCAUGAAAUCAAUCAUUUAACAUUUUGGUAGCACAAAUAAGUAUUAUUGAAGUGAACUACAGUCAUGAAGAACAGAAAUGGAGAAACUCUAAAUAUGCAGCGGAUACCAGACAUGGAUAAAGAGAGCAAUCCUACAACGCCAUUGAACGUAGAAGCACAAGAUUAUAAUCCUCAUGAACAUCGAAACAGGCCGCAUCCUACAACGAACGCUGAAACGCUUAUUCAUAUGCUAAAGGGUAGCUUGGGCACUGGCAUACUUGCAAUGCCAAAUGCCUUCUGCAACAGUGGUCUUAUCACAGGAACCAUAGCAACAGUUCUCAUAGGCAUUCUUUGUACGUACUGUCUUCAUGUUCUUGUCAAAGCGCAGUAUGAGCUUUGCAAGCGUCUCAAAGUUCCUAUUCUUAGUUAUCCCCAGAGUAUGAAAGUGGCACUGGAACAGGGACCCACGGUAUUCAGGCGGUUCGCUCACAUUUCACCAAUAAUCGUAGAUGGAUUUUUGAUAGUGUAUCAACUGGGAAUAUGCUGUGUAUACAUUGUUUUCGUAGCAACGAAUAUAAAACAGGUUGCCGAUCAUUACACAACACCAUUGGACGUUAAAAUACACAUGUUAAUAUUAUUGGUACCACUAAUAAUUAUUAACUACAUUCGCAAUCUAAAACUUCUGGCUCCAUUUUCCAGUUUUGCGAACGUUAUUACAUUCGUAGGAUUAGGAAUGAUUUUAGUUUAUGUUUUUAAUGAUCUACCGUCGAUCUCUGAAAGGGAAAUGUUCGGAUCCGUGAGAAAUUUUUCUCUCUAUUUUGGAACAACUUUAUUUGCUCUGGAAGCUGUUGGAGUUAUAAUUGCACUGGAAAACAAUAUGAAAACACCACAAAACUUUCGUGGCACAUGCGGAGUCCUUAACAUUGGAAUGGUUGUGAUCGUCAUUUUGUACAUUAUUGUUGGAUUUUUUGGAUAUGUUAAAUAUGGGCCCGAAGCUGCUGGCAGUAUCACAUUAAACUUACCUAUGGAUGCUGUGAUGGCUCAAUGUAUUAAAGUUAUGUUUGCUGUCUCAAUAUUCAUCACUUAUGCGCUACAAGCGUACGUACCUGUUGAAAUAAUGUGGUCAACUUAUCUCGAUCACCAUAUUAAGGAAAACAAACUGUUUUGGGAAUACGUGUGCAGAACCAUCGUGAGUUUGGUCACAUUCAUUUUGGCAAUCUCAGUACCACGACUAGGUCUGUUCAUCUCACUUUUUGGAGCUCUAUGUUUGUCAGCCCUGGGCAUUGCUUUCCCUGCAAUUAUCGAAAUAUGCGUACUGUGGCCAGAUAAGUUUGGACCAUGCAAAUUCGUACUUUUGAAGGAUAUAACUAUAAUAAUUUUCGGUUGCAUUGGUCUUGUCGUCGGUACAUAUAUUAGUUUGUUUGAUAUCAUCGAGUCUUUUAAAUAAGAAUUUGAAUGAAAGUAAAU